AUGCCUUGUGAUGAUAUGACUCAAUCAGAGCAGCAGAGGGACCUGGCCUGGUGGGUCCAUUUGGCAGAAGAAUUUGCUGCAGCAAAAUCUGAGGACAUCAGAUCUAACUCAGUCAUCCUCAACUUCUUUUGGAAUCUGACUGAGCACGAAUUGGAAGUGAUACAGGGAGCGAUGAGCAGUCCGUUCUCCAGACAGCAAAUCUGUAAAAUGCUGACUUACAUUGUGAAGUCAGUAGCCACAACUGCAGUAGAACUCACACCAAAACUAUGUAAGAUAGUGGGUGCAAAUCCAUCUGCAUUUGUAGACUCAGUUUGCAGGUCAUCGACAGUCUCAUUCUCUGAGGACAUUCAGGAGGAAACAUCAAUAAUCCUGAAGAAGGAACGAUUCCUAUUUCUUUAUACACUGGAAUCCCUAUUUGGGAUCACAGUGGAUAGUCUCCUUAGCAGCUGCAAUCUAAGUGACUGUCUUAGUGAACUGGAAGUCUCUGAAUUCUCUGGCAUUGUGGUGGAAGAAGUUUUUAAUCAGGUGAAUUCAGUUAUAUACAAAACGGUGUACAAGAUCAACACGGCCAAAUCUUUACCCUUUGUUUACUUCUACCCAGAAUCCUGUGCUGAAAUUGGGGACAUACUAAUAAACGUUGUCCUUAGAAAGCUGAAUGCAUUACAUUGCACAAUCUCCCGUUCAGCAGCGACAAGAGCCAUCAGCAGGGUUUUGUUUGCAAUAGAUGAAAAGCUUCCAUCUGCUCCGAGACCGAGCCGUACGGUGGACGUUACAAGCAAUGUCAUUGAGUACAUUCUUUGGGAUGUUGUUCAAGCAUGGAAUGGGAAGUCCUCUUCACUAUAUAGACAUAUACCAGUUUUACAUACGUGUUUUGAGACAUCUAAAGCUGCCGUAUCACUUGUACUGAGUCGACAGGACAAACAUCCAUCAGAGUUAGAUCACCCCUCAGGGAGUGAUGGGCUAACAAUGACCACCUUAUUGGACACAGUGAUGAGCACACUCUACAUGAAGGGCAAAGACUUUAGUUCGCUAGAUGAUAUUUGUACAGCAUCAGAGCAUCUGCACCAGAAGCUUGCAGAUUUUGGAAACAGAUUCCUAGAAGCAAGUCAAGAGGCGCUGGAAGACCUAACACAGACAAAGGACAUCUCGGAGGGUGAGGAGGUCAGAGGGGCGGCUAAAGAACUUCUACACAACUUAAUUGAAGAACUAGUAAAACGCCUUCUCUUGUGCUCUAAAUUCUCUAAUCAUGAGACGCCAAUGAUGCCCAUUGAGAGUGAUGAAGAGGACAUCUGCACUAUUGCGGCUUUCCAUAAAACAGUGGCUCUUCUGACAGAGCUGCUGGUCAGUCAGGUUUAUGAUAUCCAUGCAAAAAAAUUUGCUCUGACUGGUUCUGCCAAUGCUGCUCAAGAGACAACAUUUAAUGAAGCUGUGGUUCCACAUGGGAAUCAAUUAAACAGGCCAAUGACCUUCAGAGAGAGGUUAAAGGUUCUGAAAUCCACCAUUGUCCAAAAGGUAGUGUGA